GGACUCCGGGCGUUCCGUGAUGGCGGAGCCGCUGCUCAAACGAACUUUCUCCAAACUGAGAGGAAAAGACCGAUUCCGCCGCAAAACUGAGCCCAAACUCACCGGGCAUCAUAAUUGUGCUGCCAUACUUAUGGAGCAGUAUUUGUGCCGGGAGGAGCACACCCAUGAUGUCUUAAGAUGUCGUCUCUGUAGGCGGCUCGUUAGUUAUUGGGACACAGCCAGCGAGAAUGAUGGAGCAGAACUGAAGCCAGAGUCCGGGAGAGAAAUGAGAAAUGCGGAGCAGGAAUGUGAACCCUCGGUCUGGGAAUACAGAUGCCAGCUAAGCGACGGGGAAGGUGGAUCUCAUCCAGAGUUCUUCAUCGUCAACGUCAAGCGCAGGCCCUGUAGAGACCGAGCCGAUGGAGGAGUGUACCAGACGCUCUCACAUCACCGUCUCCAAAAUACAGAACUGGGCCAAACUUUCCUCCGUAUGCAGAGAGCCGGCGCCUCCUGGGUUAGUGUACGGGCCCCAGGACCGGGGUCAGAGGACCCUGAGUGAAGACGUCUCCAAGCGGAAUGAUGUGGAGAUGGGAUACUCCGGGACACCGAACGAGUCUGUUGAUGCAGGUGUGCCGGAGUUAAGCCCUCUCUCUACAGAUGUGUGCGUCUCUCCCACUGCAGCGAAGACCUCCGGACAGGGCGCUUACCUGCAGCAUCUAGACAGCAGCAGCCGAGCGUGGGUUCUGUCCACAGGAAAACCCCAGACAUCAGACCAACCCCUUCAAACCAGCAUCGGCGAGCGGCGUCAGGGAGCGCGCGGAGACUCCAACAUUUGGUACAACCCCAUUCCCGAAGAGGAAGAUGGGGAGAAAUAUGGAGACCCGUGGAGAAAGAGAGAGACGGAAAGAUCCGCAAGAGGUCUUGCCGGAGACGUCGAACCGGAGACCAGCUCAGAUGCGGUCAUGUCGGAAUGUGCUAGCCGAGGGACUCCGGACAGUCCUGGGGGGCCGAGCGGGAGUGGCAUGAGUGUGAUUGACAAGAUCAAGUCUCCAGGAACGGUGCGGCGGCUCUCUAUGAAGAUGCGCAAACUUCCCGAGCUGAGACGAAAGCUUAGCCUGCGCUCGUCCCGUAACCAGCGGCACGCUCAGGGGAACGCUGGCGGCGCGGCGGAUGAUGCGUUGCCCCCAAACGCGAGCAAAGAAUCGUCCAACGUCAUCAGCCGGUACCACCUGGACACCAGCGCUCCCACCCGGCCAACACGACGCUCCUCGCGAACGCGCUCUGCGAGUAAAGGGGGAUAUCUUAGCGACGGAGACUCGCCUGAGCUGCUGCCGAAGCAGGCUUCCGGACAGCCCGCCACAACACUGCCGCACGGCGGAGUACGGGAGUCGCCCGCCAUCACAGACAUGGAUUCGUUCCGUCUGUACUCUCUGACGGAUCUGCCGCGCUGUGCCCAGCGUCUCUCUGGUCUGCUUACGGUGCAUCUGCUGGGAGUCGAGGAGCUGCGUCGUUCCCCGCGGAGAGACGCUACUAAAGAAGUGUUCUGUGCCAUUCAGGUGGACGGUGUGACCCAGGCGCGGACGUCACUGCUCACCUGUCGAGGGCCGCGGCUGCCGCUCAAUCACACCUUUAACCUGGAGCUGGAGAGAGCACGACUCCUCAAACUGGUCAUUAUGACACCGUCCGGUGCUGACAACGGACCCUCCGCGCCCGCCCGAAACCGAGUGUGCUGCGUGGGAGCUGUGGCCAUACCUCCCCUCUUCAAAGCCUCUCGCUGUCAGCAGUUGUGUGUGAAGUUGGAGCCGCGGGGUUUGCUCUAUGUGAAGUUGACUCUGUUGGAGCACUUUGUGAGUCCGUUUCCUCGUCUCAGUGAUCUUUCUCCUCCGUCCGUGUUUGGGGUGGAGCUGAAACAGCUGGUGGAGAAGGAGACGUCUGCUGUCAAAGUUCCUCUCCUCAUUCAGAAGUGUGUGUGUGAGAUUGAGCGCAGAGGUCUGAGGGUUGUGGGUUUGUAUCGUCUGUGCGGUUCAGCAGCAGUGAAGAAGGAGUUGCGUGAUGCGUUUGAGAGGGACAGUGCAGCGGUGGUGUUAGAUGAAGAGCUCUAUCCUGAUGUCAAUGUCAUUACCGGGAUUCUAAAGGAUUAUCUGCGCGAGCUGCCGUCAGCUCUCAUCACCAGAACUCUGUAUGAAGUCGUUCUGGAGGACAUGAUGGUUCGUCCGGCCUGCAGGAGUGACAGCGACACACACAGAUCACACAACACAAUCUCACUCCUUCAGUGUCUGCCUGAACCAGAGAGGGCGACUCUGUCCUUCCUGUUGGAUCAUCUGAGUCUCGUGGCGUCCUUCAGUGACUCCAACCGAAUGACCUGUCAGAAUCUGGCGGUAUGUUUCGGGCCGGUUCUUCUGACCCCCUCACAGGAGUGUUGGCAGGCCGGACUGACGGCUCCGGGCUCUGGGCCGCUGACGGGGGUCAGUCGAGGAGGGCGGGGCUUUGCUCACAGUGAAGACAUCGCUAGCGCCGUGGACUUCAAACGGCACAUCGAGGCAUUGCAUUACCUUCUGAAGCUCUGGCCCGUACCCAAAGGAAGAGUGACGGAGGAUUCCGACCAGUCUCCCCACGCAUCCCAGAAUUCCUCACUGCGCCGGGCUCAACGUGUGCAGCUGCGUGUCGACCUUCCGUCAGCGCAGGACGCGGUGGUGGUAUCCCGCAGGGGGCGUGGCCGUCUGGAAAGCCCACCCUGUAACCGUUACGCUGGUGAUUGGAGCGUGUGCGGGCGGGACUUCCUGUCUAACGACGAGGCGGAUUACGACGAGGUGGCUGGCAGCGAGAGCGACGAUGACAUUGAACAGACGGCGUCCCCUGACGGUUUGUUCGUGGAUGAUUUCGCGCUGGAUUUUGACGCUCCCUUUACGUGUCGACUGAGUCUGAAGGACUUCGAUACUCUCAUUUCAGACCUGGAGAGAGAGUUGGCCAAACAAAUCAACAUCUGCCUUUAAAACCCAGAAAGUUAUACGUGAACCUUCAUCCAGAAUUAUACUCGUCAUCAGACACAUCUCACCGUAUCUCAGUGAGUUUGGUGGAUUAAUACGGAAUGUGGAGUUAAAAGGCUGCUCGACGCGUUGACACGCUCAAAUGUUUUAGGGCGGCUACUGUAAUGUGUUAUAAAGCACAAGUGUUCUCAUCGUCUGCUAUGGGUCGAUUAUAUUCAGGUGUGUAGAUUAUUAUUAAAAUCUCUGUGACGUGUCGAUGUCGGCACACACAAGACAGAAGGACGUUGAUCAAAUGUUUGAAGAGUUAGGGUUAGGUUCUUGCGCUGAAGGAUCUUUGUGCGUUUGUGAAUUUUAUUUUGUUGAAAUCUUUGUGUACGACUUGUUUUUUUAAUAGGCCCGUGUGUGCGUCCAGGUAAACAUUUCAUCACACUUUCCAGCAGUUCACUCCAGACUUUCUUAAGGGCCCUGACAGACACAAACAUCACAAGUGUGUCACAUUAAACGCAGGAUCUGAGCAGAACUCUGUUCUUAGAAUCUGAAGAAAAGUUUCUCUCGUGUGAACUUAAAGACAUUUCUCUGACAUUCCGCUGACAUCACAUGAAAUGCUGAAGUUCUCCUCAAAUGUUAUUUGGCUAAAUGUCUGUUGAAGGGCAACUUUACACAAUCAUUGAAUCACCCUUAGAUUGUUCCAAACCUGUUUUAAUGUCUUUGUUCUGACAGACACACAGAAAGAUAUCUGGAAGAUUGUCAAAAGUCAUCCCCUAUUGACUAUAUUAUUUAUUUUCCCUACUAUGGCAGUAAUGGUGGGCGAGAUCUGACAUUCUUCCAAAUGUCUUCCUGUGUGUUCAGUAAAACAAAGAAAUUUAAACGGGUUUGGAAAAGGUGUCUGAACGGGUGUAGUAUCCCUUUAAAAAAUGAACAGACAUGUUUCUAAAAGCUAAAACUACAGUUACAUUAAAGCACUUAUGAUGAAAGCCAAUCAUGAAGAUAUAAAACCAUCAAUGAAUCGCUUAGAUUUUAUUAAUGCAUCUAAACGAAAUCAAGAAAUUCAUCUCUUACAAAAGAAUAUCAUUUGAACAGGACAUGGCCAUAAUGAUUAUAUGAAUUGUCAAUGUAAGUGUUAAAUCUUUUGGCUAAAUAGUGUGUUUUAUCAUGUUAUAGUUGUGCAUCACUGUGACUGUAGUUUUUAAAACAGAUUCUUUUGAUGGAUGGUCUUCCAUUGGUCAGACAAACAGAUGCAGCGCUGCCAAAAGUCAAGUUUACACUUUCUGAACCAACCAAGCAAUAAAUUAGUUGUGGUUUACUGUUAAAAGUUAGAUGUAAUAGUAUUAAAAAUCCAAAAUAUGAUCUUUGCAUUCCUUUAAAAACAAUACUUUAAGGACCCAUCGGAUGAAAAUCCACAUUUUGUGCUAUAAUUGUGCAUCACAAAAUGUCACAUGUCGAGGCACUAACCACAAGAGUAUCGGCUCCGACCCAUUGAGUGUAAUUAAGAAAAACAUGUUACAGACAUUUCACAAAGACCCUAAUAAAUCAUGCCAACUUGUUGAAAAAAUUCAUCCGAUGAGCCCUUUAAAAGUCAUUCGCUAGAACAAAGUUUUUUGUUUUAUCUGCAGUGUCAGUGUUAUUCUUGACUAUAUUUGCACAGUUUGUUCCGUCAUUGUUUUUGCUGUUUGUAAAAGCAGACACACAAAAAGUAAACACAAAACACACACAACUGUUGAGACACUAAGAAUAAUAUUCAUUCAUUUAUUGUGUGCCGUCUGUCUUCAUGAAAAUGCCAAAGACACCUCUGAUGCUUCUAAUGCACUUUUAUUUUCUCUUUCUCUCUCUCUCUCUCUCUCUCUCUCUCUCUCUACCGCUCUCGCUCUCUCGCUCUCUCUAUAGUGUUUAUAUAUUGUGCCUUUGCUGCUCUUUAUGUUUUUGCGGUACAAAUAAUCUGAACUGUGAGUUGAAUCCAAAAGCCACAAAUGGAAUACAAGGCCAUAACUGAGCCCAUGAGCUCCAUAUGCAAGCUGUUUGAUAUUGUUUUUUGUUUAUUUGUAUAAACAGUAUUAUAUUAUUAUUAUUAUUAUUAUUGCACCUGUAACAUGAAGCACUUGUGUUUGUGCACAGCUGAGAAACACACACAACUGUAAGUGUGUGUGUGUGUGUGUGUGUGUGUGUGUAAUGAACUCAUUAUCAUUCAGUGUUAUGUUUAAAAAUGAAGCAAUAAAGCUCAGUGUUAUGUUU